AUGGCUUAUUACUACAACCCAUCUUUUUUCUUCUUAUUAUUUGUCACUUUGUUUUUAACAAGUGAUUAUGUAAUUCAAUCAGACGCUCGUCAUCUUCUUGAAAUAACUCUACCUGAGCUUCCUAAGCCCGAACUGCCACAUUUACCUGAAAUCCCAACUUUACCUAAGCUUGAAUUCCCUGAAAUUCCAAAAGCUGAGCUACCAACUCUACCAAAGCCCGAACUGCCAAAAAUCUCAAAGCCAGAGUUACCAACAUUGCCAAAGCCCGAACUUCCAGCAUUGCCAAAACUCGAGAUACCUUUUAUUCCUAUGCCUGAAUUACCAACUUUGCCAAAGCUAGAAAUACCUCAAGUACCUAAAAAGCCUUGA